AUGUUACUCCCGUUCAUUUUGGCUGUUGGCCUUAUUCUCUUCACAUUGUGGUUUCUCAACGGCGGACGUGAAGUGUUAAUGUCUGGCCGCCGCCCACCGACCGCACUGAACAGCACUCAAUUCCAAUCUUUUCAACUGCAGGAAAAAAUUGCCGUGAGCCCCGAUUCAUAUAUUUUCCGCUUUGCCCUUCAGUCCCCUCAACACAUAUUGGGACUUCCUAUUGGACAACAUAUUCAACUUCGCGGUCCUGUUAAAAACGCAGAGGGAAAGGAGGAAUCGGUCCAACACGCGUAUACUCCAAUAUCAUCUAAUGAAGAUGUGGGCCAUGUGGAUUUUCUUAUUAAAGUCUAUCAUAAAAAUGUUCAUCCAAAGUUCCCCCUUGGUGGACGUCUCUCGCAGUAUUUAUAUCAUCUUCCCAUUGGCAGUAUGAUGGAGAUGCGAGGACCCAUUGGGAGGUUUGAGUAUUUAGGCAACGGCCAAUACACCCUUAAAGAUCCCAGCAGUGGUAAACACACCCAACAUCACACCAAUGUCUUUACAAUGGUGGCAGGAGGAACAGGCAUUACACCGUUAUUACAACUCAUUCGUGCUAUUAUGCGAUCACCGGAGGAUCCCACACGUGUGUUUCUCGUGAAUGCAAAUCGCACAGAGGCGGAUAUUCUCCUGCGAGAGGAAUUAGACGCCUGUGCGAAGGAUCCCCGCAUACAUGUGUGGUAUACACUCAGUGGAGACAGUCCCGCAGGGUGGAAGUACAGCACUGGACACAUCACAGAGGCCAUACUGCGAGAACAUGUACCCGUACUGAAUGAGAAGAAUAAUGAUAAUAAAGAUAAUAAUGAAGAUAAUAAAGAAGAUAAGGAAGAAGAAAAGAAGAAAAAGAAGAAUAAUAAUGGAAAUGUAUUUGCGGUGAUGUGCGGUCCACCCAUGAUGCUUCGACAAGCGGUGAAGCCGAAUUUGGAGAGGUUGGGUUACACCGCAGAGAACAUGUUUGAGUUUUAA